AUGUUCGGAUCAUCAGGUGGUAAUAACAAUAAUAGGAAUCGCACACCUUGCAAAUUCUUUCAACAAGGGAAGUGUUUGAAAGGCAGUGCAUGUAAAUAUGCCCAUGUGUACACUAAUGCAAACAAUAAUGGUAAUACGAAUGAUAAUACUGACAGUAAAUCAGCCAUUGAAUUAUACAGAGAUUUUACAAACCCUCAAAAAAUAGAUAGAUUACAGAAAGCAAUUUCCUUCGAUUUAGAAGAAGCGAAGACCAUACAAUUGAAUCCGUUGAGUUCAAGUUAUAGUUUAGCACAUCCAUGUGGUGUUAACUUAAUAGCAAAUAGAGAUCUGUCACCAGAAGAAUCAAGGUGGCAAUAUUACCAGGCAAAACAAAAAAAUAUGUUACAACAAUACGAAAUUGAGAUGAAUGCAAGAAGUAAUGAUAUUCAAAAAUGCUUCCAUAAUAUUAAAGAACAUACUGAUUUGGCAGCAAGAUAUUUACAAAAAAAUACAAGAAGUUUAGUGGAAACAGGAGUGUUGGCCAUUCCAAAGGAUUUUAUCACUUUCCCGUUAGAUUUAACCGGCCAAACAUACAGUAAUCCGCAGUCAAUGGCAACACCUACAAAUACCUCUACAUUCGGUAGUACUAAUAACGCAUUCAGUAUUACGAGCCCAGGAACUUUUGGUUCUGCACCACAAGGAGCUUCCCCAUUCGCUUCCGUACCGCAAGGAAGUUCUGCACUUGGAUCAGCUACCGGUGGAGCGUUUGGUAAACCUGCCUUCGGUACAACUGGAGUAACGAAUUCUGCAUUUGGCGCAAAUCCAUUUAUGAGUAAUACUAACGCUACAUCUGGGACAACUGCUGCAGUGGGCUCGAGUGCAUUUGGUAAACCAGCAUUUGGAGCUACGAAUACAUCUAGUGCAUUCGGUAAUUCUGCAUUUGGAUCAUCAAUAGCAGCACCAACUUCAAAAACUUCCGGCGCCUUCGGCAAACCUGGAUUUAGUGGAACAAUAGGCAGUGGUAAUGCAGGUACAUCCACAUUUGGUAGCACAGGGUUUGGUUCAACGCCGGCAGCACCUGUCGCAGCUAGUGCAGGUGCAUUCGGAUCUACUGGCUUUGGUGCUAGUUUAAACCAACAGGGAACGGGAGCUUUCGGUUCUGCUGGAACAAAUACUGCAUCGACGGCAGGCGGAGCAUUUGGUAAACCUGCAUUUGGUAAACCUGCAUUUGGAUCAUCUGCAUUUGGUGGUACAUCAGCAUCGCCAUUUGGUUCAACGGGUCAGACAUCAACUGCAGCCAAUACAAGUUCGCCAUUUGGUAAGGUGAAUCAAGGUAUGCCCGGAGCAACUACCACGAUGUCACCUUUUGGGAAGAUAGCCGGAACUCCAGCUACUACUACUACAACGGCAUCACCAUUUGGCUCAGUAAAUAAUAAUGCCACACAAAAUACGACAUCUGUUUUCGGAACCUCACAACCUGCCACUGGUCAAACAACCGCAUUUCCUGUAUUCGGAAAUGCUGCGAACAAAAGCUCGCCAUUUGGUUUACCUAAUAAUACAGGGAAUGCUCCUGCUUCUAAUGUCUUCGGUUUCAAUACAAAUUCAACUUCUGUACCCGCGGGCCAAGGAGAUGCCGUUACAACUAGUGGUAAUGAAAGGUUUUAUCAAGGGUUACAUUCUGAAGUUGAUAAACCUAAUGAAGUGGGAGAUUUAUCACAAGAAACUCUAGAUCAAUUUAAAGCAUUGAAAUUUACGUUAGGUAAAGUACCUGAUAUGCCACCCCCUGUUGCAUUAGUGAAAUAA